GCUCCAAACUGUUCUUUCCACUACACUCACCUCGCAUCGAGCACUCAUACCAUAUAGCCACUCCUCCGCUCCUCACCCAUCCAGCCAGCUCCAGCCAUGGCGGGCGAUCACAAAUGUCCAGUCUGCAAUUCCACCUUUACAAGACCGCAACAUGUGGCUAGACACAUGCGAUCCCAUACCGGGGACCGACCGUACAAAUGUCAGCAUUGCGGAGACCAGUUUGCUCGAAGCGACCUACUCUCGCGUCAUGUAAACAAAUGUCAUGCAUCGGAGAAACCACCUACCACUACCGCACCUAACAAUCGGCGCAAAGGGCCUACUGCUGCUUCCAGAGCGACCACCAGUAAACAGGCCUGUGACCAAUGCGUCCAGGGCAGUCUACCCUGUGAUGGAUGCAAUCCAUGUUCAAAAUGCGUGCAACGGAAAUAUCGCUGUACCUAUGUCAAAUUCCAUCGUCAAACCGCUCCCCAAGGGCCAGGCCAUCCUCCCCCCUCAGCUCUUCCACCACAUCACCCACAUGCUCACCACCAUGCUAAUGCUAAUGCUCGAAACCCUUCGCUCCCUUCAGGUCUUGGAUCUACUUCACUACUAGGAGGCGUACGUCCAGAUGACUUUCUUCUCGCCCCUCCACCGGGCGCUGCUCUCUCAGACCUCUCAGGGAUGAGUAUGAAUGGUAUAAAUGUGAACGGUAUGAGUCUUUAUCCAGGAAGUCUUGCGGGUAUGGGAUUGUCUAGCGGGAUGGAAUACCCAGGUUAUCCGGGAUACGCUCCUUCACAUGCCACUGAUCAACGGCAAAGUCCCACCCCAAGUUUGUCGUUAUCAGCAUCUACCUCUACUCGCGAUUCGUCAUUGGACGGAUCCCCUGAUAUGCUCGCCGCGAGGUAUCGCGCUGAGCAGAUGCUUCGUUCUGGUCAAGUUAGCCUUCCUGGAAUCAGCUCCAUUGCUGGUGCGGGCGCUGGUAGUGCGUACCCCGCCGGUAAUACGACGUAUCCACCGCCAUCAACUACGGCUGGUGGGCUGACAGGGUUAUAUGAUUCGAAUCCCGGCGGAGCUUGGCCAAGUCAAUCGCAACAGCAGCCGUUUCAGGCUACAGACGCUACCCACAAGGAUUAUACUGCCGGGGGUAGAUUAUCGUUUCCGGCCAACCCUUCCACGCACCAGUCGUUAAAUGGAUCAAAUGGUCAUGCCGGGGGAUACACUGGGUACGCACCGCAUAGUCAAAGCCAAGGGCCCGCUGGGGCCCAGUAUUCCUUUCGAGACUCCCAACAGGACAGGCAUUAUACACGAGCGGGGAGCGAAGAUUCUGUAAGUGGUCGACGCCCGUCGACUGCUCCUUCAGUGGAUAUGGGAGUAGAUGAAUACGGGAACGGAAGACCACAUACCAGUCACGCGUAUCCCGGAUCGUCUUCACCUUCUCAUCAACAAUCUCAGGAUGCCCGACGACAAGCGCAAGCUCAAGAGUACUUCGCGAACGCACGAAGGGGGUCCUUGCCCGUCGAUGGGGAAGGCGGGUUCAGUAGUGCUUUUGGACUGAUGUCAUUGGACGACCCUGCUGUCUUGGCAGGCUUGCAGAGUGAUGGGGCGCCUUUUUUUUCGAACGUACCGACCCAAGGACACUCGCAGCAUACAAACCCUUCGGAUAUGAAUGAUGAUCAAGGACGAUCGCAGAGAAGCAGUUUUAGUUCAACGACGUCUUACACUGGGAGUGGGGUUACGAGUGGGAUGGGAGGAUUGAGUCAGAACAGUUCGCAGUCUUCUCUUUUGAGCGUCGAGGAUGGAGUCUCUCAUCAUCUUCAACUAGAUCGGCCACUUUCUCAACCUCACCAACAUAACAACACCAACAACAACAAUAACAAUAAUGGUAGCUUGCCAUUCCCGAGUAUGUCGACACCGCUUUCGAGUAAGGAGGAGCUGAAGGAGUUUUGGAGGCAGUACCUUAAGACGCCUCUGACGGGCCCGGGGACCGGUUCUGGUACUGGGAUCACGCCGCUUUUUGGACCUCCUGGAUCUGGGGGGUUGAUCACGCCUACUGCCAGUGGAGAUCAUCUACAAUUGGGUGCGGGAGGAAGUGGGAGUGGGGGUGGGAACAAUGUGGGGGUUUUUGGGAGACCGCAGUUGAGCCCUACGAGACGACAUUCGAGGGUGGCUAGUUUGCCGAGUUUGAAGACGCCGACGAUUGCUAUGAAUGAGUGGUUGUCUAAUCCGAAUGGUGUUUUACCUGCUGCUUUGAAUUCUUCGCAACAGGUACUACAGCAGCAACAGCACUCGCAAUCACAACAGGCUCAACAACAAUCGCAGCAGGCGGGUCAACAGCCUCAGCAUAUGCCCAAUGGAGGGAUCUUUGGGGGUAUAUUUGGAGGCGUCCCGCCUGCGUUUAAUUUGACGUUGAGUCGGGAUUCGAUGAGGAAGGGAAAGUUACCUGAUCCUCACGCGCCAACCCAAGUCUCAAAGCAGCAACAACAGAAACCCGUCUCUCAACAGACGCAUAUCGAACGUCACAUCUCCCAGAACGACAAUAACGCUCAAGACGAUUUGGACUCGUACAAACAAGCCGUCAUGGCUCGGCAGGCUCCUACUACUCUGCAUCUCGUACCUAGGAAGAGGGGGAAGACGAUACAUGGGGGCGCUUUGAUGGGUGGGACGGGGAGUAAGGAUUUGGUGCAGGGAACUGAUAUGUCUGUGUCUCCUCCGAAUCCACAUCCGCCCCCGCUUCCUCCUGGUCCUCUUGGUGGAUCUACGAAUUUAGGUGUGGGCUCGAGCUUGGGAGGAGGGGAUUCUGGACCUAUGGUUAGACCUGGGAGCUCGAGUUCGUUGGCAGAUGCAUUACAGGAGGGUAUUAGUACUGGUACGGGUGGGGGGAGGGAUUCACCGACGCCUGGAGUUAAUAAGCAUCAUGCGUUCCUCCAACCUCCGCCGCCUCCAUUCCACCUUCAGCGACAAUUGUCCUCCUCUCACUCUAACUAUGCUCCUCAUCCGCAACAGCAACAACAGCAACAACAGCAACAAGGACUCGAACACGAUUAUACCAAUAGCGGUGCACCGCCAUCGCAUCCGAGUAUCUCACCUUAUAGACCGUCGUUCAAACGCCUCGCUUCACAGACUUUGGGACCGGAGAAUCCGAAGAGGGCGUUGUUGGGUCCGGCGGGGUGGGAUGAUCAUGAUCAUGAUGAUGGGGAUGGGGAUUUGGGGAGUGAGGAGGAUGAGGGCAGUUUGCCAGGGAGUUUGCGGGGGGAUAGUAGGGGUGUUAGUGAGGGUGCGGAUGGAAGUGGUCAGAGGGAGGUUGAACUUGGUGGGUCUGGGUCUGCUAUUGCGAGUGAGUCUACAAAAGGGAGAGUCCAUGUUGUCGCUACUGGGGCGCAAUAAUUGUCGUCGAUAUGGUUCUGGGACGUUUGAUAUCUUUUUUCUUUCUUUUUUCUUUUUUUUCUUUUUCUUCUUGCGGUCAUACCUAAUUCUAUUGUUCUAUUCCCCUGCCCUUCCCCUUCCUCCAUUCUCCAUUCAUACCGUAACUUAGUGGAGGAGACUUGGGGGCUAGGUCUUUUUUGGACUGGAUAUCCGGAUUCGAAUUUGCGAAAGGCUUUUCACGUACUGUACUACUUGUAUCUUGGAACUUGUCUCUUUCAGACAUUAUAAUAGUAAUACUUCGAACAGCU